GUAUCGAUCCUAUUCAGCCUCGUUACCUUUAGAUCGAUGAAUCGAUUUUCACCUGUCACAUGUUGUAACGGUCUUAUGAUAGGCUCCGAACGGAGUUUAAUGUUUUAUCUGGAAACCAAUAUUCAUCCAGUCUGCGAAUGCAGCGGAUGGCUUAGCAUGCUUGGGACAAUAUCGACGUUGUGACAAAAGAAAACGAUCACUGUUGAACAUUGAAAACAUAUUCAGAAGAUGGAGGAACUACUGAAAAAUGAAACGGUCAAGAAAAAAAUUAAGACUCUUUCCGUUGAAAUACGGAAAGCUUUCAUCGAGUCUUUACUGGACCUGUUCGAGCAGGAGACAGAGGAUAUGAUAGACGCUAUAGAGGAAAGCAGGAUGGAGCUGCGAGGGACCAUGCUCGAUUUCGAGGACGAGACUGAGCAAUUACGAGCAGAGUCACGAAUGCUGGAACAACAACGAUUGGACUACGAGAAGAAUGCCGUCGACAGAUAUCUGGAGAAGAAAGGUCGUAAGGGACAGGGUUCCCGGGCAUCUUCUCGAGUUUCGAUCGUCAACGAGAGAGAUGACGCAAGGAGUCGCGCAGCCGUCGUUGACUACAUCCGGAAAAAGAAAGACAGAAGCGGAAGUUCUCUCAGCGUUCACAGUAACCCGAACGUUAGGUCCCCAAGCAGCAAUGACCGGCCGGUCAGUGUCAUCAGCUCACGGAGCUUACCGACCCCCGUCAUGUCCCAGAAAACCAUCGAAGAGGAAACGGAUCUAAUCAUGAAGAAUAUGACACACGCGGACAACCAGAUGGCGUACCAGAGACAUCGCCACGCCGAGAUGCUGGAGAAGCGAAGACAGGAGAGAGCGGUGAAGAAGAAGUCGACCGAGGAGAAGGCCCUGGAGCUGCUAGAGAAGGCGCUACAAGUGGACAAACAACUGGCAGCCAAGAAAGAAAUGCAAAACAGAAAGCUUCAGGAGCGGCUGGACGAAAUGAAGAAGAAGAAAGAACGCGACAUGGCCGCUUCACGCGCUAUGUCCAGAGUAGAGGACGACUUUGGGCACACAAACGAGGCUUUUGAGGACCUCGAAAGGUACUGACACCAAAUCAAAACAUACCGGUCAAGUGUUCAGUCCGGCAAUUCUCAGCGAAUUCUACGGUCUCAGUAUAUCCCGUUUUGCAGUUCAUUCGUAUUUCUUUCUGGGGAGUGAUACUGUGUUUUUAAAACAUAUCGAAGAAGUCACGAUAAUGGAGGAAUUCUCGAAAGUAGUUCUUCAAUAAUGCGGGUUUUUAUUUUCUUGUACUUCACUUUGGUCAUUGUAGAAACAACACUAAUAAUAAUUCGAGGCAAGUACAUGUGUACUUGAGAAGUGAUAAUAGAGAAAUUUAUUAAUAACUAGUACUUAAUUGUUGAUUGUAUUCGUUAUUGUUGAGAGAGAAAGAGAGAGGGAGAUAUAUAGAAAAUAGACAGAGUGUGUGUUAACCAGUUUACUAUUCCAUAGAUUACAAAUUAAUUCAUUCACGGCAAUAUUUUGAUGUCAUUCUCAUUGCAUUUUGUUUGUUAAAUUGGUAGUCAAAAUAUUGUAAUAAACAAUACAAAAUUUC